UAUAAAAAUUGUAGAGUAUGAUUGAUAGCGUUCAAAUUAAUACGUAUACAUUUGUAUUUUUUUCAGCUUUUUUUAAAAAUGAUUAAAUUUAUAAUAUUAUCAGGCACGAUUCUCUUUUGUGUCUACUUGACUGAACAAGUACAUUUUCUUCAACCUGAAUACAUAAACAAAAUCAAUAAUGAAGCAAUUACAUGGCAGGCUGGUCAAAAUUUCCAUCCAGAUACUCCACUGGAAUAUUUUAAACGUUUGUUAGGAUCUAGAGGAGUUGGAGGACCAAAGGAGAAUGACCCGGUUAAGUCACAUGAUCCUAAGUACAGUAGCUGCCACCAUAUUCCAAAAGAGUUUGAUGCUCGAAAGAAGUGGAAACAAUGUAAAAGCAUUGGAACAAUUCGUGAUCAAGGAAAUUGUGUGUCUGGUUGGGCAUUAAGUACUACCAGUGCUUUUUCAGACAGAUUAUGUAUUGCUACAAACUAUGAAUUCAACGAAAUGCUGUCAGCUGAAGAAUUAAUAUAUUGUUGUAAGGAUUGUGGCUUUACUUGCUUCAUUGGUCGUCCUAUCAAAGCUUGGGAACAUUUUAAAUGGCAUGGAAUUGUUACUGGAGGUGCUUAUAAUAGUAGUGAGGGAUGCCAGCCUUAUCAAAUUGCGCCUUGUCUUCAUGAUAAGCCACCUGAAAUUGAAGGUUCAUGUAUGAGCAAGCCAAUAGAAGAUGACCAUAUUUGUCGUAGAGAAUGUUUUGGCGACACAAAAAUUGAUUAUAAAGAAGAUCAUAGAUAUACCAGAGACUAUUACUACCUUGAACCCGAAACAAUUCAAAAAGAUAUUCUAACGUAUGGCCCAAUAGAAGCAUCCUUUCAUGUUUAUGAUGAUUUUUUGAGUUAUAAAACAGGUGUUUAUAUUAAGUCAGAAAAUGCCACUUUUAUAGAUGGUCAUGCAGCUAAAUUGAUCGGCUGGGGCGUAGAGAACGAUGUUCCUUAUUGGUUGUUACUAAACUCGUGGAACACUAAUUGGGGAGACAAUGGAUCAUUCAAAAUUCGAAGAGGUACUAAUGAAUGUGGAAUUGAUAAUUCAACAACUGCUGGUGUUCCUUAUGUUGAUGAUUAUUUCUAUGAAACAACUUUGUAAAUUUUUACAUAGUUAAAAAAUAUUUUAAAUGUUUUCAUUAUAUGUAAUGUAAUGUUUAAAUAAAUUGAUCUAAUGUUUUAUUUAGAAAUAAAAUAAAAAAAAUCCAGUAUAUUAA